ACUUCUCUCGCAACCAUGGGUCUCAUGUCUAAAGCACGCGGCUUGGGCCUGGGUAUCAUCAUCUGGGCUUUGGCAGUCCCAAUCUUCCUCUUCACAAUCUUCCCACUCGUCUCCUCGACCUCAACCGGCACCAGCGGAAUCUAUCUGCUUGAGUACAAAUGGAACGAUGAGGAUCAUAGCUGGUUGAGACUUGGCUACUACCACGGCGGUGACCGCUGUCUGACCACUACUGGCCGCUCAAGCAAGAAUCUCGUCAAAGCCUUCCACAUUGAUACCGAUCACUACUCAAUCUUCGACUACCCACUGAAACUCCAGCACGAUGUUUUCGUCGCCUUCCUUACCGCCGGCGGUGUCAUCUGGUUGAUCUCGCUCAUACUCAUUUCUCUUGUCAUUCUCAAGGGCUCGUCUGCCGGACGUCUGAUUCGCAGUGCAGCAAAGAUUACCAGUCUUGCAGGUGCUACCUUGAUGAUUGCUAGCGCGUGGGCAACCAAUUCGGCAGUCAAGGCAUUGGAGGUGAACCCCGUUGCUUCGUUGCAGGGCGGCACGCUGCUCUAUGGAUUGCAGUGGGUGGCUGCUAUCCUGGCAUUCAUCUUUGCUUAUGCAGUCAGCUCUGUGGCGGACUCAGAAGAUGGCGGAAAAGCCUACUACCUUGGACGUGUCUGA